UGAUGGGGAUGCUACAAUGGAGCCUCGACCUGCUGGCCAUUUACAGUAUCCCGCCUCCAUUCCAGAUUCCGGCUGCAGGGGGUGCUCCAGCAGGACCAUCUGCAUCUACCCGAGGAGGAGGGAGAGCAGGGCGAGGGACCAUAGUACACCCCCGCACCAAGGCGAGGCGCACUCAUGUUGGGAGCAGCUCACGGGCACCGAUUCCGGACGAUGAUGAGUUUGAGACGGAGGUAGAGGCAGAGUCAUUGGAGGAUGAGACUGGAGAUGAUUCGGGCUCGAGCUCAGAUAGUGGAGUCGGCGACGAUGCUCCUGGACCUUCGUCCAGGAAGAGGACGAGGAUAGACUCUCAUGCCUGAGACCAGUUGACAUUGAUCCAGACUUUUGCUUCUUUUCUUUCUUUUGCUUUUCUUUUUGUUGGUAGAUUGAGCACAUCGUACUGCCACAGGCAGGUUUUGUUUUCUUCAAAACUAUGUAUUUGAAACGAUAAUGGAGUGAAACAAGCUUUUUGCUGAAAAA